AUGGAGCAGAAUACCACAUCACACCUCACAGAGGUUCCUCUUAAAAACCAGAUAGGCAGCGGAGUGCUGGCGUUCUGUUUCCUGAUCGGAAUACCUGGGAACAUAUUUGUGGUAGUGGCAAUCCUUCGCCACUGCAGCAGACCAAGCUUCACCUUUCGCCUGAUGCUCACUCUGGCCGCCUCGGACGUCCUGUGUCUUCUCUACGCGCCCCUGGCGAUCUACAACCUCCUCUGGGGCUGGCACAUAGGAGACGUGCUGUGCAAAGCGGGCUACUUCUUCGUCUACCUGAGCAUAUUUGUGAGUCUCCUGACCGUAACUCUGAUUAGCGUCCAUCGGUACGUGUUCGUUCUGCAUGCUGAGCGGUGGGGCAGGCUGGGCCGUAGAGGAGAGCGGAUGUUACUCGCCGGCUUGUGGGCUGCAGCCUGCCUGCCCUGUGCUGCGCUGAUGCCCACAUUUGGCGUGAUCCGGGAAGGGUCCAUGGAGAUCUGCUGGCGAUUACCCCUGUCUGACGGCAGCAGGGUGGCCGUUCUGCUGUCGGAGCUUGUAAUGAACUUCAUUUUCCCGUUUUCCACCAUUGCAACGUGCUACUGUUGCCUCCACCGGAAGGUGAACCAAACGGCCUUCUUCUCUGACCAGAGGAUGACCAGGCUGGUGACGAGCAUCGUGGUGACCUUCCUCAUCCUGUGGAUGCCCUGCCAUGCGGUCACCCUGCUGGAGAUGGUGGCCCUCUGUAUUAAGCCUCACCACCUGGCCCUCUAUGAUAAACUCAUGGCUGUGCAGAAGAUGAGCAGGCCUGUUGUGAAGAGUCUCACCUUCGUCAACAGCUGUGCUAAUCCGCUACUGUACGCCUUCCAAGUUCGCAGCCUACGGAGCGCUGCUUGAUUUCAUUCGCACUCUUCAACAGC